CCCUCCUCAGGAUGCUCGGUGGUGACGCAGGGCAAAGGGAAAAACUGUGACUGGAGGGUAAGGACGCAGGGGCCACGGUGGUGAAGCAGGAAGGACUUUAUAUUUCACUGAUGAACGACCUUAGAGGACAAGCGUGUCAAAUAUAAUAUAUGCACGGUUGUGGACUUCACUGUGUGAUAUUAUAAGCCAUUACAUCGUUUUAGGGCGGAUCACUUAGGACACACUCCCAGAGCUCUAUCAUGAACUACCUUCGUCGACGACUUUCGGACAGUAAUUUCAUGUCCAACCUGCCAAAUGGCUACAUGGGCGACCUGCAGCGCGCCGAGCCCACGCCUCAGCAGCAGCCGAGUCCCGCAGUGUCUCCGGGGCCGUCGGAGAGGCGCCAGCCCGCCACCCAGCAGCAGUCCGCAGGCGGAGGCUCCGGCUUCUUCUCGUCCAUCUCCAAUGCUGUCAAGCAAACCACGGCCGCUGCCGCCGCCACGUUAUCCGAGGCUGCCGACCGGGCGGGGGUCACCAGCAGUGCUAAGAUCCUCCUUGUGGUCGACGACAUGCAGACCGACUGGGUGAGAGUUUUCCGUGGAAGAAAGGUCCAUGGUGAAUAUGACAUCAAAGUUGAACAGGCGGAAUUUUCCGAAAUCAACCUGGUGGCUGACUCCUCAGGCACCUACACAGUCAACAUUGAUGCGAUUAGAAAUGGCCAUAAGGUUACUAAAUCCUUUAAGCCAGACUUUGUGCUGAUCAGACAGCACGCCUUCAGCAUGGACAAGAAUGGAGACCACAGGAACUUAGUGAUUGGCCUGCAGUACGCAGGACUGCCAAGUGUCAACUCUUUACACUCCGUCUACAAUUUCUGUGACAAACCGUGGGUGUUUGCACAAAUGUCUAGACUACACAAGCAGCUCGGCCCAGAAGAAUUCCCACUGAUUGAGCAGAUUUAUUAUCCAAACCACAAGGAAAUGAUUACUUCCUCUCGGUUUCCUGUAGUGGUAAAGAUGGGCCAUGCUCACUCAGGAAUGGGAAAGGUUAAAGUGGACAAUCAAUACGACUUUCAAGAUAUUGCCAGCGUUGUGGCGCUGACCAAGACAUACGCCACAUCGGAGCCCUUUAUUGAUGCCAAGUAUGACGUCCGCAUCCAGAAGAUUGGUGAAAAUUAUAAAGCUUAUAUGAGAACAUCCAUUUCUGGCAACUGGAAAACCAACACUGGCUCAUCGAUGCUUGAGCAAGUGGCCAUGUCCGACAAGUACAGAAUGUGGGUGGACACUUGUGCCGACAUCUUUGGAGGUUUAGAUAUCUGCGCUGUGGAAGCUCUUCAUGGCAAAGAUGGCAACGACUACAUUAUAGAGGUGGAUGACUGUUCAAUGCCGCUGAUCGGUGACCAGCUGGAUGAGGAUCGCGCCCAGAUUGCGGAACUGGUGGUUUUGAAGAUGAACCAGACUGGUCCACCUGCUUCCAGCUAUUCCACAAGCCGCACCACAGCAGCACAGAAAGCAGUGUCUCCUCAGCCGGUCUCCCAACCCAGAGUUCCACAGUCUCAACAGCGGCCCCCGCCCCAGGGUGGUCCUCAGCAAGUUUCCCCCUCUCAACAGCGUCAUCAGCCUCAGGGCCAACCUCCUUCACAGGCUCAGCAACCUGCAGCCAGCCCGGGCAGUGCUGAGCCGAGCUCCCAGGUCAAGGGCAAUCAAGGACCCGCAGGUCAAGGAGCUCCUCAGCGAAACCAGGGAGGCUCCCCUCAAGCUCAGAGGCAGCAGUCUGUCACCCAGCAACAACAGAGACCUCAUCCAGGAGGGGCUGGUCAGAAACCUCCACAACAGAGACCUUCCCAGCCCCCAAGACAGCAGUCACAAGGGGGUCAGCAGAGGCCUCCUGGCCAGCAGGGUCGCCCUGGUGGGGCCACCACCCAGCAGCCACGACCUGCAAGCCAAGGGCAGGGAGCUCCAGGAGGACGUCCCCCACUGCAACAAAAGCCACAGCCCCCACAAAAGCCCAGCCAGGACAACCCGGCCGUGGGCGGUUCCCCACAACUGAACAAAUCCCAGUCUCUUACCAAUACCUUCAACAUUCCAGAAACCCCAGCGCCACGAGCCAGCCUUAGUCAGGACGAGGUGAAGGCCGAAACCAUCCGCAAUCUACGCAAAUCUUUUGCCAGUCUCUUCUCAGACUGAGACGCCGUCUUCAUCAUCAUCACUUACUCCUACUCAUAGAAAGCUGGACAGGCACACAGAAGACCUUGACCUCUACUAAAAAGGAGCAACAAAACGUAGCCUGCGAUUUGUGUAAAAGAACUGUGACAUUGUAGUACAUAGUCAGUAAUUGGAGUGUUCCAAACUGAAUGAGAAGUACAACACACUUUAAAUAUUAAGUCUGAAACAUUCCUUGCCUGGCCGCAAUCCUCUAUCAUUACACACACACGCGCACACACACACGCACACAAGCCUGUAUAUGCAUGAGCACACACAAACAAGAACAACAGCAUAAUACUACUUCCACGUGUUUAUUGGUGCCGUAAAGUCAAUGUGAUAAUUAUGUUGGUGUACCAACCAAGGAGAUGAAUGACACCAGUUGCACACAUACUGUACGGUAGGAUGUCCAGUCUUUGAGCUGUUGGGCGCUCAUGGUGAUGUCGUAGCUGCAUGUCAACAGGGGGAAAUGGUUGCAUUUUCCGACCCCACACAUUGGUGCUUGUAACUGUGUCGUCACAUGUAGUUCAGUUAGCUCAAAUAAUAGUUAGCCUCGUAGGUGUUGUGAGUGUGUUGCUGCAACCACUUUUUUUUUUUUUUUUUUGCACAAAAACAAAAGCUCAGAAA